AUGGAGUCUUCUACAUGUAAUAUCGACAAAGGUAGUGAUCGUGCAGAGCUACUAAAAAUGACAAAGUUGAUAAUUUGGGAUGAAGCUCCAAUGGCACACAGAUUUUGUUUUGAAGCGUUUGAUAAAACCCUUAAAGACAUAACGGGGCGUUCCAAUUGUUCUGACAAAUUAUUCGGAGGGAAAGUAAUUGUAUUUGGUGGAGAUUUUCAGCAAAUAUUACCAGUUGUACCAAGGGGCAGCCGUUCAGAUAUAAUACAUUCUACAAUAAAUUCAUCAUACAUCUGGGAUCAUUGUGUUGUGCUGAAGCUUACAAAGAACAUGCGACUCCAACAAGCCGACAAUACUUCAAGUACAUCUGAAUUAGAAUUGUUUUCUAAUUGGAUAUUAAAAGUUGGCGAUGGGAAAUUGGAAGAACCUGACGAUGGUUACACGGAUAUUCCUAUUCCAAAUGAUUUCUUAAUUUCUAACUAUGAUGAUCCACUAGAAGCCAUUGUUAGUGAAACAUAUCCGAAUUUUCUUAACAAUUACAAGAAUCCAGAAUUUUUGCAAUCAAGAGCUAUAUUGGCAGGAACAAUUGAAACGGUUGACAUCAUAAAUCAAUACGUUUUGGGAUUCAUACCAGAUAUGCGUGAAGAAAAGGAAUAUUUAAGUUCAGAUUCCGUAGACACUUUUGACGGUGAAGGAAAUGAAGCUUUUGAUGUUUUGACCCCGGAAUUUUUGAAUACACUUACAACUUCCGAUCUACCUAACCACAAGAUUAAAUUGAAGAUUGGGACCCCUAUUAUGUUGCUUCGAAACAUUGAUCAACCUGAAGGUCUCUGCAAUGGAACAAGGCUUAUAGUUACAAGAUUGGCAAACCACGUUAUCGAGGCAAAGAUUAUAUCUGGAAAGAAUAUUGGAGGGGUUAUCUAUAUUCCAAGAAUGGAUAUGACUCCAACACAAUCUCCGUGGCCAUUCAAAAUGACUAGAAGGCAAUUUCCCAUAACUAUAUGUUAUGCUAUGACAAUUAACAAAUCUCAAGGUCAGUCAUUGGAUUAUGUUGGAUUGUAUUUGCCUAGAAGUGUAUUUAGUCAUGGUCAACUAUAUGUUGCAAUAUCAAGGGUCAAAAGCAAAAAAGGGCUUAAGAUAUUAAUCCAUGACAAGGAUAACCAUCCAUUGAAUUCUACAACAAACGUCGUGUUCAAAGAAGUUUUUGAAAACUUAUAG